AAUCGGGUCUAUUCGUCGACGGGGUUGACGGGGGCCGUGAAAGAUUACCAAGACCAUCGGAGGUCUCUUUACGACGAAAUCACCGACAAAGCUCUCCUUGUUGAUGCUGUUGGCACCCUCCUUUUUCCUUCUCAGCCUAUGUCUCAGAUAUAUAGGAAGAUAGAGAAGUAUGGGGUGGAGUACUCAGAGACUGAGAUUUUGAACAGAUACAGACGAGCUUAUGAGCAGCCAUGGGGCAGAUCUCGUCUCAGAUAUGUGCAUGAUGGGAGACCCUUUUGGCAGCAUAUCGUCUGUUCUUCUACUGGUUGUUCAGAUUCUGAGUACUUUGAAGAACUGUAUAACUACUAUACAACUAACAAGGCUUGGCACCUAUGUGAUCCUGAUGCUGAGAUAGUAUUUGAAGCUCUAAGAAAAGCAGGUGUGGCUGUUGUGUCCAAUUUUGAUACCUGAUUAAGACCUCUUUUGCAGGCUUUAAAUUGUGAACACUGGUUUGAUGCGGUAGCAGUGUCAGCAGAAGUAGAAGCCGAGAAGCCAAUUCCCACAAUAUUCAUUAAAGCUUGUGAUUUAUUAGGUGUAAAACCUGAGGAUGCUGUGCAUGUGGGCGAUGAUCGUAGGAAUGAUGCUUGGCUUUGGGGAAGUGAUGUUCAUUCCUUUAAGGAGGUCGCUCAGAGGGUAGGGGACCGAGUUUGAUAUUAUGUCUUCUGAAACAAGAAUGAUGGUCUGUUUGUAUAUUCUACUUUGUUGUAAUCUGUCAAAGAUGUGAAGCGACAACACUGUAAAACUGGAAUAGGUACACUUCAGAAUAUGUUCUUUUUAUAAUGGUGUGCAGCAAUCUUCAACCUAAUUUGAUCCCUAAA